CUCUGGUGUCCGCCGUCUGCUGUCAUAUUUUCCGACGACUAGUCGGCCUUACAAUCGCCACCCGAAGAAGCCAAAGACUAUGCCUUUAAAUGGGUUUUCAAUUGGCAGCCCAAUGUAGGAUCGACCGUGAACAGCCAAAUUCUAAACGAAGUAUCACAAUGCGUGGAGAGCAUGAAUGGCGUUGGAAAGCUACUCUCACUUUUUACAAACCAAUGUUACGAGAUCAAGCAUUAGCCGCCGAAUUCCCGCGUAAAUUCAUCGGGAUUUCGCUUCCAGAACAACCAAACAAGCACUAUUUUAUACUUCGAGCCAAUAAGAUUGUGCUUGAAGCGGAUUCUUCUAUUCAGUUAAUAAUGGAGAAAUUGCAGUCUUAUAAAUCCAGGGUCGCCCUUAAUUUCGAGGGGUUUCAAUACCAACUAAGCGACUUUCAAUUGAGAGUAGGCAAAGUUGUGCCCAUUCAUUCUGAAAAUUUGAGAGGAAUAGUAAUGGAGGUGGAGUAUCUUCCGAUUUCUUCACUGGAGAAAUCCAAGCAAAUCAUGGAUGAGUUUGUUGAUACUUGGCAAGAAGCUGUCUCGAAACGAUCAUUGCCAGGCCAUUUCAUGCGUAUAGAACCGAGCUUCUCAGAUUACGGACUUGCUGACCACUAUACUUUAUAACACACGGCCGUCCAGUACGCUCAUGUCAUGGGUCAACAUCGCAACAGUGCAAGCCGGAAGAAACUAGGAUAUCGAUUGUCCGCCUGGCCUCGGGGUGAUGCAGAGAGAGUUUAAGAUGAUCAAAUGUCUGCUUGCUUGUAUGACCGGAUUA